AUGGGCCUCGCCGCCGGCUUCGUCAUCGUCGGCCUCCCCGUCAUCGUCUCCAAGUCCAUCCCCCGCAGGGCUCCCCGCCCGCCGCCGCCGGACCAGUACGCCGAGGCGCUGCGCAAGGCGCUCCUCUUCUUCAACGCCCAGAAAUCCGGCCGGCUUCCGAGGAGCAACGGCAUCCCGUGGCGCGGGAACUCCGGUCUGAAGGACGGCUCCGACGCCGCGGACGUCAAGGGCGGCCUCGUCGGCGGCUAUUACGACGCCGGCGACAACAUCAAGUUCCACUUCCCGAUGGCCUUCUCCAUGACGCUGCAGAGCUGGUCGGUGGUCGAAUACAGCGCCAAGUACAAGGCCGUCGGGGAGUACGACCAUGUCAGAGAGCUCAUCAGGUGGGGCACCGACUAUCUGCUUCGCACCUUCAACUCCUCCGCUUCUACCAUCGGCCAUGUCUAUGCUCAGGUAGCUGUGGGAGCUGCAAAGAUUAAUGGCGGGACGCCGGACGAUCACUACUGCUGGAACCGGCCCGAGGACAUGGCGUACCCUCGCCCCUCCCUGGCGGUGAGCUCGGCUCCCGACCUCGGCGGCGAGAUCGCCGCGGCCCUGGCGGCCGCCUCCAUCGCGUUCCGCGACGACGACGCCUACUCCAAGAAGCUCGCCCACGGCGCGGCCACCAUAUACGAGUUCGCCACGCGCGGAGCGAGCAACCAGCAGCAACCCACCUACUCCAGCCACCGGCCGGAGAUCGAGCCCUUCUACAACUCCACCAGCUACUGGGACGAGCACGUCUGGUGCGCGGCGUGGAUGUACUACGCCACGGGCAACAGCAGCUACAUCGCCGCCGCCACCGCCCCGGUGCUCGCCGAGCGCGCCGGGGCCUUCGACGACAUCCUCGACCUCUCCGUCUUCAGCUGGGACAACAAGCUCCCCGGCGACGGCCUGCUCCUGUCGUGGCUGCGCAUGUUCCUCGACCCCGGCUACCCCUACGAGGAGUCGCUCGCCGGAUACCACAAGGCCGCCGCCCUGGACAUGUGCAAGUGCUUCCGGCGCUUCGCCGCCUUCAACUUCACCAGGGGCGGGCUGGCGCUCUUCAACCACGGCCGGGGCCAGCCGCUGCAGUACGUCGUGGCCAACGCCUUCCUCGCCGCGCUCUACGCCGACUACCUGGAGGCCGUCAACGUCCCCGGCUGGAACUGCGGCCCCAACUUCAUGCCCGCCGACGACCUCCGGGCGUUCGCCAGGUCUCAGCUCGACUACAUCCUCGGCGACAACCCGAGGAAGAUGAGCUACGUGGUGGGCUACGGCGGCAGGUACCCGCGGCACGUGCACCACCGGGGCGCGUCGACGCCGCGCAACCGCGUCACGUACUCGUGCACCGGCGGGCGCAGGUGGCGCGACACCAAGAAGGCGGACCCGAACGUGCUCACGGGCGCGAUGGUGGGCGGGCCGGACCGCCACGACAGGUUCAACGACUCGCGCAUGGCCUUCGGGCAGACCGAGCCGACGCUUGUGGGAAACGCCGGGCUCGUGGCCGCGCUGGUGGCCGUCACCAGCAGCGGCCGCGGCGUCGGCGCCGGCGCCGUCGACAGGAACAGCAUGUUCUCCGCCGUGCCGCCGAUGCUAUAUGCUUCGUAA